AUGACUACAUUCCUUGUUGAUUCGAGAAGUGAGAAUACCUGUAAAAAGUACUAUUCAAGUUUUAAUAGAUGGAAGAAAUUCGCAAUCGAAAACAGUUUAAAUGAAUUGCCAGCCGAGCCUGUUCAUAUAGCACUUUACAUUACAAAAUUGAUAGAUGAACAAUGUUCUCCAAGUGUUGUAAAUUCAGCUGUAUAUUCAAUCAAAUGGGCCUAUGAUAUUAACGGUUUUAAUGAUCCGACAGAAAAUUCAUUUGUAAAAUAUCUUUUAGAAUCCGCCAAAAGACGUAAUGAAAGGCCUGUAAACAAAAAGGAUCCAGUUAACAAUGACAUGUUGAUUGAUUUAUGA